AUGCCAAAUAAGACUGCAAUCACAGAAUUUAUUCUUCUGGGACUUACAGAUGACCCAGAGUUACAAAUUUUGAUAUUCUUCUUUUUGCUGACCACAUACUUACUAAGUGUAAGUGGAAACAUGACCAUCAUUACUCUGACACUGUCAAACAUUCUCUUGAAAACUCCCAUGUAUUUCUUUCUCAGAAAUUUUUCCUUCUUAGAAAUUUUAUUUACAACAGUAUGCAUUCCGAGAUUUCUGAUCAGCAUUGCUACAGGGAACAAAGCUAUUUCCUAUAAUGCCUGCAUGGCUCAAGUGUUCUUUUUGAUCUUUCUUGGAGCAACAGAAUUUUUUCUACUGGCUGCAAUGUCUUAUGAUCGUUAUGUGGCCAUCUGCAAACCUCUGCACUAUACAACUAUCAUUAGCAACAAAGUGUGCAAUCAACUUGUAAUUGCCUCUUGGUCAGCUGGAUUCCUCAUCGUUUUCCCCCCAGUUAUCAUGGGAAUUCAGCUGGAGUUCUGUGAUUCUAAUAUCAUUGAUCACUUCGCUUGUGACUCUUCUCCCAUGCUGCAGAUUGCUUGCACAGAUACGAAGAUUCUAGAGCUGAUGGCAUUUUUCUUAGCAGUAUUUACUCUCAUAGUAACUUUGGCUUUGGUAAUUCUGUCCUAUACACUCAUUCUUAGAGCAAUUCUGAAGAUACCCUCUGCAGAGCAAAGGAAAAAGGCCUUUUCCACUUGUUCCUCUCACAUGAUUGUAGUUUCCAUUUCAUAUGGAAGCUGCAUUUUUAUGUAUGUAAAAACAUCUGCCAGAGAUGGUGUGGUGCUAAGUAAAGGAGUUGCCAUGCUCAACACCUCUGUAGCUCCCAUGCUGAAUCCUUUCAUUUAUACCUUAAGGAACCAGCAAGUCAAGCAGGCAUUCAAGGACUUCGUAAAAAUAUUACUGCCAUCAAAUAAGCACUGA